GUCUAGAGAGAGAGAGAGAAAGAGACUGAUGGUGGGACAUUAAAGUUAAUGGCAGGGUUGUCAAAGCAAACAGAUGAGUCUGCAUUUGAUUGUUUUGAAAUCCAGUUAGGGUUUUAUACAAAUGAGUUUCGUGUAAAAUGCUGGAAAUUUGAUUAUAAGUUUAGUGAAAUGUAAAAUUAAUUUUGUUCAGCUAUUCUUCAUAGAGUUCUGUUGUAGACUAGUUUUUUUUUGUUUUUUUUUUUAACGGUAAAUCUGGAUAUUACGGACCACUGGAGGAUCAUCGUGCCACUAGCGAAACCACCCGAUUAUAUCCAUCUUCACUAGGCAAUAACAGGGCUGUCCAAAAAGCUCCCGGCUCGGAGCUCGCUCUUAGCUCGGAAAAAGCUCGCUUGAUAUGGCUCGGUUUGAAAGUGAGCCUAGCUCGGCUCGUGACGAGCCAAAUUGGCUCGGGUUGGCUCGCUUGUGAGAUCAAAGGGCUCGAAGUCGGUCAAUUUGCAGAAGAUUGGAUUAGGGGUCAAAUUUUCAUGGAUAUGAAAUUGGAUUUAGAAAAGUUUUUUAAGAAUGUUGAUAUUGGAGAUGAAUCAGAGUCUGUGGAUUUACAAAAGUUUUUCAAGGAUGUUGAUAUUGUAGACGAGUCAGAGUUUGUGGACUUUAAGAAUGUCAGAGCGGGUAACCGUUGUUGUGUUGGUGAAAAACAUGUUGGCAUUAGUGAGUCAUGCGUGGGUAUUGAAGAGGAGAAAAAAGUGAUCAAAAAAAGAAAGAAAGAGAGUUGUUUGCCGUUGUUGGAUUGGGUGAAAAGCGUUGCGAAAGACCCGUGUGAUCCUGUGAUUGGAUCGUUACCAGAGAGUUAUAAGUGGAAGGCUUAUGGAAGCGAGCAUGUUUGGAAGCAGGUUCUGAUGGCUAAAGAGGCAAUGAGUUUGAAGGUUAAUGUUGAUGUUGAUCCGAAUGCCAAACGGUCUAUUUGGCAGAAGAAGCAAAAGAUGCAUCCUGAUAUGUACGACGACCAAUCCAAGAAAUCAUACACGAGAUGCAGCCAAAGGCUUAUUGCCAUAGAAGAGAAUCGUUCUAUCCUUUUGUCCCGAAAACCACAAGUUGUAGAUCAUGCCGAGUCAUCAUCGUCCCCUGUGAGUGACGAAGAAGAAGACGAAGAUUAUUUAUGGUGUAUCAAUUACAGGAAAAAGCGAAUCCCGUUGGGCCGGUUUUUUCAGGCAGAAGUACCACAAUGGGCCGGGAAAACUGAAGCAAGUGAAAGUAAAUGGCUUGGUACCCCUGUUUGGCCACUGAAAGAAACCGAAAACCGAACCAGUUUGAUUGAAAGGGAACCGAUUGGAAAAGGACAACAAGGGUCUUGCGGCUGCCAGCGCAUCGGUUCUCUAGAAUGUGUUCGAUUUCACGUUGCGGAAAAAAGAAGGCGGUUGAAGCGUGAGUUGGGGUCUGCAUUUGCUAAAUGGAAAUUCGAUAUGAUGGGCGAAGAAGUUUCACUCAGAUGGACUAAAAAUGAAGAGAAGAAGUUUGCGAGUAUUAUAAAGUCAAACCCCGAGUCUUCGGGGAGGUGUUUUUGGGAUGUACUUGUGGCCUAUUUCAAGAACAAAACGAGGGCUGUUCUCGUGAGCUACUAUUUUAGCGUCUACCUCUUCCGCCGUCGGGCCCACCAGAAUCGGGCUGAUCCAAGUAACGUUAAUAGUGAUGAUGAUGAACUUGAGUCUACAGAGUCCAUCUUAUGCUCCCCAAAUGUGCAUCUGAAAUUUACUAAAACUUUUUGAUGUUUGUUGUCCUUAUUAUCAAUUUUGAAGGUGAAGUAUAGAUGUCGCCCGGUUGAUUAAAACCGAAGAAGUUGGGGGGCCAGAUUUUGAAAACUUUAAUGUUUAUGGGUGUAAAUGGAAAAGAGACAUAGUAUGAGGGCUUUGAUGCUUGCAUGUUUUUGGUACAUUUGUUGAAAUGGAAAUGCAAGCACCAUUUUGCUAUACCA